AUGGCCUCACACAAAGCAUCCAGCGUCACUAUUGACGAAUAUCAUCUUCCUAAAGGCAGCAAACUGUUGGCGACCAUAGUCAUGACCGGCUUGAUGACUAUCUCGGCCAGACGAAAAUUCAUCGAGCCUCGUUCUCUCCUCCACGAUCAAAUCCUUGCCAGAGGGGGAGCAAAGACCAUUAAAUACUCGAAACCUGUUCAAGCUUUUCUCUUCUAUUUCCUCUUUGGAUCCCAUUCGAUUGAAGCAGUCUACUUCGCACUGACAAAGCUGAAGCAACACAAUGUCAAAGCGUUCAGUAUUGUUUGGCUCAAGUGGGUAGUUACCAUCUUUCUUGGCGGUAGUAUCGUCGCCGGGAAGCACUUCGAUGAGGUGGUUGAGCAAAAGGAAAUCAAGGCUAUGAAGGAGAUCUAA